AUGAAUGCCAAAUUGUACACUUCGACCAAAGGUCGAUUCCUCCUAUCUAUCUAUGGAAUCCUCGGUAUCGUUCUCGAAGCCGCCCAGGCAUCGGAACCUUUUGUAUUGGGCAGUGCAAACAAUUUGCACAUAAAGUCAGCCGUAAGAACUGUGGACACAGAGGGCUACCAGCUGACAGAGGGCACUGCACAUGUAGGACCUUGGCUAUUGCGCAUUUUAGAUGGCGAAAGAUUCGCCUGCGGUGGUGUCUACUAUGCACCAUUGUGGGUCAUCACAUCGGCAAAUUGUAUGUAUUUGUAUCGUAGUCGACUAAACCAAUUAAGUGUGGAGUAUGUCACACCCCGGUCGGGGGAGAGCAAGAAUUAUGCUUUAAUAGACAGCGUCGUGGUGCCCAAAAUGUUUCGCCAGUAUAGUAAUUUUAUGGACAUAGCCAUGGUGAAGCUGCUCAAUCCCAUUGAGCGUGAUGGUGAUUUUGCCAAACUGUGCAGCAAACCGCUCCGCGAGCACCCCCAACUGGCUGUUGUGGCCUGCGGCGCUGGUCCGGACGAAGAGUUGCGGACGGAGCAGAUUUCCCUGAUGAAAAAAAUGGAGUGCGAGAAUGAGUAUGGAAAACUACGGCUCACCGAGACCAUAGCAUGUGGCCAUGAAUUCAACCGGCCUCGGGAGUGCAUGUUUGAAUUUGGUUGCCCUGUCACAUCACAGGAUAAAGUUUGCGCCAUUGUAGCCUAUGGACCGGAAUGCUCUAAGCCUGGUGCUCCUGGACUAUUUACUGACAUAUAUCAGGUUAGGCACUUCAUCCUAAAUGCCGUCCGAAAUAAGCCCCAUAGAAAACACAAGAUUCGCCGAAUUUCACGGCGCUCCAGACGAGUAUAUUAG